AUGGGAACCAGCAUACAUUGUAUCUGUAAGAGUCUCUUCGUUGAUCGUGUUAAGGAUUUGCAUGUUGGUGAAUGGAGGGUCGUCGAGAAUUUCUCCCUGAUCCCAGCUAUGGGGUUUUACAGAAGAACCAGCCAUCCAUUCAAGAUUUCCAUCAUAGAUAGUACUAUCGUCACCGACCCUUCUCCAACUACCUGCGAGGUACCACGUUUGUUAUGUUACUACUGA